AUGGCCGAGUUUGCUGUUUCGUCGGUUGUGAAGACAAUAGGAAAUCUGCUCACCCACGAGGCCAGAUUCUUGCGGGGCGUGGAGGGCAAGGUGGAGGACUUGCAAAAGGAGCUGAAGCUGAUCCAGGGCCUGCUGAGGGAUGCGGACGCGAGAGUUGAGAACGACCAAGCUGUUGGAGAAUGGGUCGCGCAACUCCGAGACGUUGCCUGGCAUGCCGAGGACAUCAUCGAGGAAUACAUCCUCAGAGUCGCGCCGAAGAAGGAACAAUACAUCGUCAAAGCGUACCGUGGCCUCGUGGCAAGGUGCGCGUGCUUGCAGGUUCAUGCGGUGGGGACGGAGAUCGAUAGCUUAAAAUCUAAAAUCUCCAAUCUGAGAACGAGUAUGCAGGCUCUUGGCAUACAAAUGGUGAAGGAGGGCGAACACAAACGCACGAGAGCUUCAGCGCCGAAACGGAUUUAUGCCCAUUUCGAGGAGGAUUUUGUCGGGAGGGAAGAUAGUGUUCAGGAGUUGGUGAAAGAGCUGUUGAAGGAUGGAGAACAAUAUAGAGUUAUUACUAUAUGGGGAAUGGGUGGUUUGGGUAAAACUUCACUUGCUAGGAAAGUCUUCACUCAUGACAAAGUGAAGAACAAUUUCAACGGUUUCGCUUGGGCUUGUGUAUCUCAAGAAUACCACUCGAAAGAUAUCUUGAUGGAAAUUCUUGUUAAGUUGAUCCCUGAUCAAAGAGAGAAGGUUGAGGAGAUGAUGGAUGAUGAAUUGUUCAAAACUCUAAAUGAGAUCCAACUAAAGAAAAGAUGUAUUUUGGUUCUUGACGAUUUGUGGGCCAAAGAGGCAUGGGACAGUCUUCAAGCUGCAUUCCCGGUCAAGGGCACAGGAAGCAAGCUAUUGAUAACAACUCGCAAUAGAGAAGUAGCAGAGCAUAUCGAUCCUCAUGGUCUUUUCCAUAAACCUCGAUUCUUAUCGAACGAGGAGAGCUGGGAUCUACUAAAGAAGAGGGCGUCCCUUGAAACGAAAGUGAUGGAUGCAAACAUGAAGAUGUUAGGAGAUAAGCUCCUUAAGAAGUGUGGAGGAUUACCCUUAGCCGUCAACGUGCUCGGUGGACUUCUGGCGGACAACAAAUGGGAGACGAUUUACAAAGACAUCAAUUUGCAUUUUGGUGAUAAGAGUGAUAUAUUUAGAGUGUUGGCUUUAAGCUAUGACGAUCUACCACAACAUCUAAAGCCAUACUUCCUCUAUUUGGGUAGCUUUCCAGAGAAUACAGAAAUCCCUGCAACGAAAGUUCUUCAAAUGUGGAUUGCUGAAGGCUUUGUGUCGCCCAAUGCAUAUGACGAAGAUGUCGCAGAGCAAUAUCUGAUGAAGUUUGCAAAUAGGGGAAUGGUUCGAGUACGAUUCACCUCGAGUGGAAAGAUCAAAACUUGCUGCCUCCACAAUUUGAUGCGAGACAUAUGCAUAUGCAAAGCUAGGCAGGAGAAGUUUCUAACCAUUAUUGAAAAUCAACAGGACAAUGAAAUAGAGGAUUCUUCUUCUUCUUCAAUGGCAAUGGGAAUCGAGUCAACUUGGAAAACACAAAGGCUUUCUCUCAAUAUGCUCAUGAGUGACUCACAAGUAAGACAAAAAGAAAACACUAUGCUUCACCUUCGAACUCUUAUGUUCUUCAAUUCUAGAGAAUGGAUGUGGGAGCAAUUUGAACAUAUUAUCAUCAAUUGUAAGUUUCUCAGAGUUAUGAAGUUAGAGGGUAUGAAAGGAAAUUUACCUGAAUCAGUGGGAGACCUAGUCCAUUUAAGGUACUUAAGUUUAGAAGGAUGUAUGCUCAAGGACUUGCCACAAUCCAUGGGAAACCUUGUUUGCAUGGAAUCCUUGGACCUGCAAGGACUGGAACAUUCCAAGGUAACUGUGCCAAAUGUGUUGUGGAAUAUGAGAAGGUUGAGGCAUCUUCACCUUCCCAAAUAUUUUGCUGAGAAUGGCCAGAAGAAUUUGCGGUUGGACUCUUUAAAGAAUCUACAAACCUUGAGGAAUUUUAAUCCGGAAUACUGCAAUGUGAAUGAUUUAGGCAAACUGACAAAUCUGCGAAAAAUUAUUGUCUCCCUCCAGUAUGGUUCUUAUCAAUUGAAGAUAAUUCCACAACUUGCUCAUUUCACUUUCAAACAUCUUCAAUCCUCAUCUUUUGAAAUCUUAAACCCAAUUCGUUCACUCACUGAAGAUGAAUUGAGUAAAAUGUCGAGCUAUCACCUUUCUUGUAAAUUGUUCAUUAAAGGAGGAAUAGAGAAGUUACCAGAACUUAAGAAUCUACCCCAACAACUAAGAAAGCUCAUCUUAUUGCAUUCCCAACUCAAAGAAGAUCCAAUGCCAACACUAGAGAAAUUGAAUGACAUGGUUGUUCUCCAACUGAUGAAUAGGGCUUUUGUGGGAAAGGAAAUGGUUUGCUCUGCAGGAGGCUUCCCUCAACUCAAGCAUCUAGUUCUUCAUGAUCUGCCAAAUUUGGAGGAGUGGAGGGUCGCUGAAGGAGCCAUGCCUCAUCUUUCUAAAUUAGGGGUCAGCGGUUGUCCCAAAUUGAAGACGGUACCUGGAGGAGUCUAUGAAUAUGACAGUUCUAUAGGUGACCAUUUCUUUUCUCGAGAUGAACAUUUGUUUCAGCAAGACAAGCAUUGGCAGCAAAUUGUCAUGACGAGGAGUUUUCUCAUCAAUGAGAUCCAAGAGUUAAGAGAGUAUUAUGGAGGUUUUCCUACAGCGGAGGAAGAGAAGCUGAAGAGCAAGCGAAGAGCACUAGACUUCGUACUGGGGAGAACUCUUUGUUAA